AUGGAAAUAGUGGGGUGCCGAGCAGAAGACAGCUCGUGUCCUUUCCGCCCCCCAGCCAUGCUUUUUCAUGGGAUCUCCGGAGGCCACAUUCAAGGCAUCAUGGAGGAGAUGGAACGCAGAUCCAAGACCGAGGCCCGUCUGGCCAAAGGCGCCCAGCUCAACGGUCGCGACGCGGGCAUGCCCCCGCUCAGCCCCGAGAAGCCGGCUCUGUGCGCCGGCUGCGGCGGCAAGAUCUCGGACAGAUACUACCUGCUGGCCGUGGACAAGCAGUGGCACCUGAGGUGCCUGAAGUGCUGCGAAUGUAAGCUGGCCCUCGAGUCCGAGCUCACCUGCUUCGCCAAGGACGGUAGCAUUUACUGCAAGGAGGAUUACUACAGAAGGUUCUCUGUGCAGAGAUGUGCCCGCUGCCACCUUGGCAUCUCCGCCUCCGAGAUGGUCAUGCGCGCCCGAGACUCUGUCUACCACCUGAGCUGCUUCACCUGCUCCACCUGCAACAAGACUCUGACCACGGGCGACCAUUUCGGCAUGAAGGACAGCCUGGUGUACUGCCGCGCCCACUUCGAGACCCUCUUGCAAGGGGAGUAUCCGCCGCAGCUGAGCUACACCGAGCUGGCGGCCAAAAGCGGCGGCUUGGCCCUGCCUUACUUCAAUGGCACCGGCACCGUGCAGAAGGGGCGGCCUCGGAAGCGGAAGAGUCCGGCGCUGGGAGUGGACAUCGUCAAUUACAACUCAGGUUGUAAUGAGAAUGAGGCAGACCACUUGGAUCGGGACCAGCAACCGUAUCCACCCUCGCAGAAGACCAAGCGCAUGCGAACCUCCUUCAAGCACCACCAGCUUCGGACCAUGAAAUCCUACUUUGCCAUCAACCAUAACCCAGAUGCCAAGGACCUCAAGCAGCUUGCCCAGAAAACAGGCCUGACCAAAAGAGUUUUGCAGGUUUGGUUCCAAAACGCUCGGGCCAAAUUCCGAAGGAACCUUUUGCGGCAGGAGAACGGGGGUGUCGAGAAAGCUGACGGCACGUCACUUCCGGCCCCGCCCUCCGCAGACGGCGGCGCGCUCAGUCCACCCGGCACUGCGACCACUUUAACAGACCUGACCAAUCCCACUAUCACUGUAGUGACAGCCGUGACCUCUAACAUGGACAGCCACGAAUCUGGAAGCCCCUCACAAACUACCUUAACGAACCUUUUCUAA